AUGACAUCAAAGAAUAUCAGCGCAAAGAAAAAUCAAUGUUUAAAUAACUUCAAAGAAAUUGUUUUUCUUUAUUUAUUCAAAACUGAGAAUAAUUGUCAAAAGGAAAAUGUCAUACCAGCAUCAAAGCAGUUAAACGUUUUUAAAAAUACACUCACCAAACGUAUUGAUGAUGAAGUUGACGAUGAACUUCCGGCUGUUCAAAACAUCGAUGAUGCAAAUGAAGAUAUCAUCUUCAACACGUUUGACGACGAUGAAGAUGAUGAUGAUGAUGAGGACGAUACGAACAAGGAUGACUACAAAGAUUACUGCAUAUACGAUUAUGACAGCGAAGAUGAUGUUGUCGAUGAAAAUGAUCACAGCAGUAGGAACAACAACAACGACGACGAAUAUGAUGAUGACAGUUCAUAG